GCGUGUUUCUUUCUCGCUAUUUUGUUUUUAUAGAUUUUUGGCGAUACAUUUAAAAAGAAACGCCCAUAAAAAUGAAUUAAUCAUGUUAAUCUAACUAAAUUUAGCUUUCUUUGGUAUUUAUGGCUUGAACUUGUAAAUUAUUGAAGUAUUUAUUUUAGUCUUCCAGCGAUGUUUUGUUUCCAAUCACACCUCGAAACGAAUUUCUCUAUAAAGUACUGUAAAGAUUAUUGAGCAGUGUAAUAAGUAAUGUCAUCAUAAUGCGUUACAAUAAACAAGAAUUAUUUGCAUUGGCAUCGCAGACCUCGCAGAAUUUUGAUCGCGAGGGUGUUUUGGUGUUGAAGGAGCGGCAGGAUGGAUUUUUUCGCAGAUCUGAAGGAUGCUCGGUGCGAUGGUUCCGACUUAGAGGGAAUCUGCUGUUCUACUUAAAAGGGCCGGAGCCAUGGUACGAGCCCAUGGGCGUUAUAGUGCUGGGUCAUCACCAGGUCAAGGUGCAGACACAAGAUGAAAAUGGACAUUGGCCGUUCCAAAUCAUCUGGGAGAACGGUGUUUGCUACCGGAUGGCGACAUUCCACGAAUCCGAGCGAACGUUGUGGUUGAAAGCCAUCCAGAUGGCGUCGUACGACCACAUGAACUCCCAGAUAGCUGCACUCAAGGAACGGCUCAACCGCAUCAGACCCAUCAUCGACAUAGCAAGUUACAGGAUGCAGAAGGGUAUUAUUAUCGACAUGAACGAGGUGCCCCUAUGCGAACUCGCACUAUCGUGCGACAACUUGCUGUGCGAUGCCCACGGCCGGCCCCCGUCUCCCACGAUCGUGAUCUACGUCCGAUACCCCAAAGGACUCAGCGUACGAUACGGCGCCACUGAAAUUGUGGAGACGUGUAGUAACCCUAGCUUCUCGAAGACGAUCCUGUUCCGGGCCAGCGACGGACUGUCCGGUGACGCGCUGGUCCGAAUCGUCGUGUAUGACGUCAGAGAGCGGGUCACCGAAACCGCAGUCCCCAUGGGGUUCACCGCGUUACAGCUUAGCACGAUCCAGGAGGCGCAAAGGUUAAGGGUGGCGCUGUUGACUCGUGAGAACAAAACCGUCGGCUUCGUCACCAUUAACGGAUGGAGCCUGGAACCUUCAUACAUCGGCACGAGUCCGAGCCACACCAACGAUAGGAACAGCAUCGAUAUACCUCAAAAGGUGCUAUGCCACCGGAGGUCUCAGUCUCUACCACCCAGACUCGGCUUGAAGCUGAAGUUUCCCUCGUACGGCAGCCUGCUGAAGCAGAACUUCGUGAACAGCCAUCAAGUGACAUACCGGUUUCACUCCGGACUAGGUGGUGAUAUAACGGUCCACGAGAUAAUGGCUGAAUCGAAGCUGUGUUACCAAAUGCCGAUGCAGUUGCUAGAUAUCUACAUACAACGAGAGCGGGAGCUUCUCGAAGAGUUAUUAUCAGUCGGCGAGAUGUGUGGCCAGUGGCAGAGCCGCCAGCUGGAACUAGUCAGCGUGCACGUGGCACUCCUGAAGCAUUAUUGUCACUCCAAGAGGUGCAUGGAGCAAGUUGACAACUCGUACUUCAAACCCAGCAGUCGAAAAGACGAAGCGAGCCUGGAGUUUGCACCAGUCAACUUGCACCUGCAACGCAUGUGGGUGCACAACGACACACUGAACAAGACCGGUUUCCACGACGUGGUCACUGUCGGCGCUUUCGCUGCGCAUACGCAUAAGGCCGAGCGGACUGGCGGGCUUAUCAGGCUAGUUCAACAAGUGAAAGACGUGAACAGUUCGAAGGCUGAACUGAAUUCUGCGACCAACAAGAUCCAAGCUGAGUACGACAACGUGAUGGCGGUCGCGCGCCUGCGCGAGGAGGUAUUACACGACAUGGACCGAGGCCUGAUGCUUCUGCAGGCCAACCAGGGCGCUGACGUACUCGCUCUCAUUGAGGCUAUAAAAUGUAAGGUGAAAAGCCUACUAGCCCUGUGGGACGCCAACGUCGUGGAAGAAUCGUUGUCGUAUAUUGGAUGGCCCAAGAACAACACAAACGAAGAGCCUGAUAGCCAGACCAUAUCAACUAUGAUGCGUUUGACUGAACAACUGACGAUUUUCGACGCGAUGAGCUCCGAUUGCGACACAUUCGACGCAUCUUCAAGCUCCAGCUCCAAGGAGACUUCGCCCACCUUAGACCUCCCAACUUUGACGUCCAGCGUGCCAAACAUUUGCCCCAAGAAUCGGGACAAAAUAUCUGAAGGCACCGAACUACAAUUUCACAAUGACUACUUCAAGAGUGAAAGAGAGGAGCGGAGCAGUUGGCACCAUUCGUUCAGAUCGGUCCGGUCUCGCCCCAGACUGAACGAAACCCAGAGUUUGUCUUUCGAGUCGAAUAAGACCAGACAUGGCAGUUUGAGGAAUGACUUCAAGUGCUCCGCGUCUUUGGAACAAGUCUCGUACAGAUGUCUCAUGGAGAGUCUCAGUGGGAAUGAUAAGAGGAAGAACUCGAUCCCUCGACGAGAAUCUGUGACGUUAGGCGGCGCGUGCCAACCCGACCCGGCCGCGAGGGAAACCAACCUGGCCUACUUGAAAGGAGUCGGGACGAGCGUGGAACAGAGCCUGGCCACUUUGGUGGAGGCAUUGACGCAACGCGUCGAGAGUAGCAGCGGGUCCAUAACCGACGAAGAGCUGGACGGUAUAAAGCGGUGUACAGACUCGCUGCGCUCAUCCGCAGACGCCGUCUCGCGGUGGUUGCGCGUGUCGCACGCCGCGCUGCGCCUGCGCUUCGAAGCGCCGCACUUUGCGCGUGAACACGCAGCCUUACAGACCAGGCGGGAUACGUGCUUCUCGCAAGCUCUUACUGCGGUGUGCACCGGCCUCCUGUGUUGGUUCUGCUCAGUACCCGCCGAUGUGGUUGUAAAGCUGCUGUCCAGCGGGCUAGGACCGCUGUGCGCUUUCGAAGGCCUGCUGAGUCUAUACUCCACCGAGAAGGCAAUGUGGGGAGACAUGGUCGUGGCGGUCGAAGACUUGCAGACAGUCGUGUUUACGCUGACCAAAGUCGCUCACAGUAAUUCGGCGAUACCGCAAGUGACUGGCACCAGAGGGGCCUUGACUGUCCUCAUACCGAUCUCAGACUCCCUGUACACGAAGUUCACCAACAAAGAGCACCUGACGUUCACGAUAACAGCAGUACUGUUCAACAUCGGCGUGAACGAGAAGGCGACUUUAGCGGAGGCUCUCGGCGAGACCACUCCUCAACAACACUCUAACGGAGAUAACCUGGACCGCCUGCACAAGUACUACCACAAGCACGCGAAGUUGUUCCCGGAAAUGUUCGCCGCUACCAGAGCAUCAUCAAGGACGAAACCCUUAGAGGAAGUGAUGGAAAAUCUUAGGAUAUCCGUGCACAAGAAAGUGCCGAAAAACGUGGAGGUCCUCCAGUUAGCAGCACUUGCCACGCGGCUUAUGAACGGCAUACGUUUCACGUCGUGCAAGAGCGCCAAGGACAGGACUGGCAUGUCGGUGACUUUGGAACAGUGCCAUAUACUAGCCACCGAGUACCACUUGGCCGAGCAUGAAAUGCAAAAGGCGCUCAGCAUUAUGAGGAGUGAGGGGUGUCGCCGUGAGAACACUUUCAAGAACAUAGGGGUUCGCAAGUACGCGUUCACCAAAAAGCAAGUGAUGUCUCUGCCUGAAGACUACCGACCGCCGGCCGGCACCUACGGCUCCUCGCAAACCUAGAGCAAGUGGUAACUACAACACUUUUAACCAAUCUGUUUCCAUUCCUGUAUACGUGUGAUUUUACAUUUUACUCUCUCGGUGAACAUCUCUGGGGAAUAUGUAUUUAAAUUAAGGUGUACUAAGAUCUAAACUAGCACAGGUACUAUUCAAAUGUUACCGCGCAGCUAUGUUCGCUUCGCCUCACGGAAAUUAUGUACUUUAAUGUAAAAUUAUUUAUGUACUUACAUACCUUUGAAGACUGCCUCGUGGUUAAGUCGGUUACUAUUUCAGGACUUCGUAAUUGUAACUUCGUGCGUGUACUUAA